AUGGCUCCAGUCGAAACUUCUAAUAACAAAAAGGUCGAAUUCUUAAAAAGUUUGAAACCAGAAAAUGUUGAACCAUUAUGGACCGUUAUGUCUGCUAUGGUCCCUCCUGUACCAAAGCCAAAGGCCGUUCCAACUGUUUGGGACUACAAGAAGUUAAGACCUUUAUUGGUUGAGUCUGGUCGUUUAGUACCAACCGAAGAAUCCGAAAGAAGAGUAUUAAUGUUGAUUAACCCAGCCUUAAAAGCUCCUCAAACCACUGAUACUUUGUAUGCUGGUUUACAGUAUAUCAACCCCGGCGAAGUUGCUCCAGCUCACAGACAUUCUGCUUUUGCUUUAAGGUUCAUUAUUGAAGGUGAUGGUGGUUUCACUGCGGUAGAAGGUCAAAGAAUUUACAUGGAAAGAGGGGAUGUCAUAUUAACUCCAAGAUGGGACUGGCAUGACCAUGGUAAGGAAGGUGAUGGUCCAAUGAUUUGGUUAGAUGGUCUUGACUUGCCAAUGUUCCAAUCCAUCCCUGUUAACUUUGCUGAACACUACCACGAAGAAUGUUACCCAGCCGAAACUGUUGCUGAAUCUAACAUUAAGUUCCCAUGGAAGAUUACUCAAAACUACCUUGAUUCUGUUGAAGGUGACUAUGCUGUCUUUAAUUAUACUCAAGGUCAAAGUAAGGCCCCAUUGUCAACCAUUCUUACUGCUCAAGCUGAAAGAGUCAACGCUGGAACGUCAAGUGAAUGGCGUCAAGAAAACUCUUCAUUUGUCUACCAUGUUUACGAAGGCACUGGUUACACUGCUAUUAAGGAGGACAAUAGCGAAGAAACAAUUUUAAGAUGGGAUGGUAAGGAUACUUUCUGUGUUCCCGCUUGGAAGAAAUUCAGGCUUGUCAACAAAGGUGCCGAAACUGCUUACCUUUUCUCAUUCAAUGACUCUCCAUUACUUAAGAAUUUGGAUAUCCACAGAACUGCUGCAAAUUAA